GAAACCCUCUUCUCUCUCUGGCUUGAGCUGGCCAUUCCUACCCAAGAUAGCGACCAUGUCAAAACGGAACCUAGCGAUUAGCGAAACACGACUUGUACGCACACCAACGACGAACAGCAAAUCCAAGCGGGAUGGCGAGGAUAUAACAUGCGUCAUUUCUUGGAAUGUCGAGACACCUGUUCCGUUCCUCGACCUCCAUCACACUGUAUCGUCCGCAGGCAUGUCCAGUUAUCUUGAAUGGGAUUGGCCGGAGUUCAUCUGCCUGCAGGAAGUUCGAGCGAGACCGUCAGACAAGGACUGGAUGAUGGCCAUGUGCACGGCUGCGAAUGGGGUCUCUCCUUUAGAUCGGGACGGGGAGAUGGAGAGGCGAGAAGAUGGAGGACUGACAUACACUGCUUAUUGGGUGCUGAACGUCUCCCGCUGUAGACAGCGGAGGUACGGCGUGUGCACACUCGUUGCUCAUCUGUGGGUGAAAUGGUUCGACGGCUGGGAGCUGGUCAACGUCUACGCUUUGAAUGGGAGUGACUUCCCUUGGGUGGAUCCACGUAUGGAGGGGGAUCUACUAGCCAAACUGCUGCCACAGAAGACCAGGAACGAGCGAAAGAGAGAAUUUAACAUGCUCUUGCUCGAGGAAAUCAAGAAAAUGCGGGCACUCGGGCUGAGGCUGGUGCUCAUAGGAGACUUCAAUAUCUCCCUCGCAAAGGUGGACUGUUAUCCAUGUUUGCGUAUGCAAUAUCCGCACGCAUUGGCAAGGAAACAGUUUAACGAGGUGUUCAUUCCCCAGGCCAAGGUUGUGGACGUAUAUCGUGCUUUUUACGGGAGCCAGAAAGCAUACAGCUGGUUUGCGAAAGGGAAACCGGUGGGAAGCGAUGCUGCCAGGGUGGAUUAUGCACUGGUGGAUUGCCAGUUGAUUGGAGAGAAGGGAGAGGGAAGGGUGAUGGGAACGGGAUAUGGACGCAAGAACGUCAGAACGAGUGACCAUGGGAUUGUCUGGCUGGAUAUGUGCGGGAUGAAUAACCUUGGAUUGUCAGAGGCCAGGGCGCAGGAAUAGACGGUUCAAAAGUCAAGCGGAUAAGA